CUCAUUAGUUGCUAAGCUACAACUAAACGUAAAUUCGUGAAUUAAAUCGAAAGAGACAACGAAUAUUCAUUCAGCCUGUGAGAGAGCGAGAACAUAAACGUCAAAGGCGAGGUCAAAGCAAGAAUUAAUUUUAAACUCUGGUGUGUAAUAAUUAAAAAGCAACCUUAUUUCAACUAUGUUAAAAGUGAUAUUGAGAAGCGUUAACUCUCAAUUUAUCAAAAAUUGCUGAUCGUAAUUUUUAUUCUCUGUGUGCCGCUGCCCAAAUUCCUAGGUGGCCUCUCUGUUUUAUUCAAUUUUUUUUUACAAUCAGUAGUAGAGUAGAAAUACCAAAUGUUGAUUGUUUCAUGAGUGCGACUUUGCGGCGUUUAUCGUGUAGUUUCUAUGUUUUUGUAAAGUAUUUACAAUAAUUAACAUAUUUUUUUGUGUGAGUUUGUGUAUGCAAAUAGAAGAUAAUGGCUGGAGGCGCCUUCAAUAACGCGGUGAUAAGGUUGGAUACCAAUCCAACGGGAGUAUUUUACUCUGGCCAAGAAGUAGCUGGCUCUGUAAUAUUUUACCUGGAACAUCCAAUCAAGUUUUCUGUAAUUUAUAUGCAAUUUCUCGGUGAAGCAAACUCCUUUUGGACAGAGAGUGAAAUUGAGACAGUAAAUGGUAUUGAGAAGCAUAAGCUGGUCAAGUAUGUCGGACGUGAAGAAUAUUUCAACUUCAACCAGGAGCUGGCUGGUGGAGGCGGAGCAGGUGUCUCCCGCCUCCCCGCCCAUGGCCAGUCUUUUCCCUUUAAAUUCCAAAUUCCUUUCGAAGCGCCAUCAUCUUUCAAAGGCGAACGUGGCGAAGUGGUGUAUUCCAUGACCGCAAACUUGAUAUUUGCCGAUCCGUCGCUACAGAACGAAUCAGUGACGAAACAUUUUACUGUUGUAGCGCCAUUCGAUCUGAAUAUGGGCAGUCCUAAAAUAAGACAACCCAUAGACAUCGAAUUCGAGGAAGUAUACGGCUGCGACUGUUUCUGCAGUCCAGACCCCAUGACCAUCCGCGUGAGGCUGCCGAUAUCUGGCUACUGUCCCGGGCAAGUCAUACCCGUGGCCGUUGAGGUGGAUAACGAGAGCAGCGUCGAAAUUACUAAGAUUACAUUCCAGUUGUUUUCUAAAGAGCUAUACCGCAGCCACCGCCCCCAGUCGGAGUACAUAAUGCCAGAGAAUAUUCUGGUAACGGAGAAGAAGGGGCCAGUAAUGGGCCACAGUAAGAAAAACUUCACCUACGAACUGAAGGUGCCUGAUAUGAUCGCGCCUUUCCUCGAGAACUGUGGCAUCAUCGAUGUGGGCUACUUCUUCAGGGUAAUAAUAAAACUGUCGGGCUGUCACGACGACUUGCAAGAUGACGCUGAAAUCUGUCUCGGAUUAGUCCCGAUACGAGAGUCCAUCAACGGCGAGUAUAUCCAUCCUAUGGCCGACCAGCUUCCUACAGGACCCAUACCUGAUCGAGUUAGGGACUCCUUAGCUCCCCCACCAGUCGCUGCAGGCUUAAGAGGCUCUAACACCAGUCUUCAAAGAGUCCAGUACAAUCCUGCUGAAAGUUCAUACCCUACCAAUCCACAGGCCCCGUAUAAUCCGGCUGGAAAUCCUUACCCGAACAACCCACCUCCUUACCCUAGCGUGGUUAACAAUUACCCAACAGAACAUAGUUUCCAGACUCCUGUGUCCAUAGAAAUGAAACCGUAUCAGGAUCUCCACAUCGGUUUCAAAUCUGAUGGGUCGCCUUACCCGGGCAAUGUGCCAGGGGGAAAUCCCCCUUCCUAUAUGUCUGCUGUGCCCCAAGCACCUUAUCCAACAGCUAAUGUUAUGCCCGGGGGACAACCGCCUUAUCCUACGGGUAAUAUGGUCCCCGGGGUUCAUGGUGCUCCGUCACAGCCGCCGUACCCGACGGGGGGUUACGGUGCUCCCCAGUCGUCUUACCCGGGUAGUGCCCCCGGGGGUAAUACUGUUACUCCAUACGGGCAAGGGGGUUACACGCCAUCUGCACCGCCCCCUACUGACUAAGUAGGAAGUAAAGUCCAGAUGUCCUUAUGCAGUUGAUUACCUAUUACCUGAUGCGCUUUUGAUUUAUUGUAAUGACGUUUGAUAUGCUUGAAAGAAUGUAUUCAAAACUUUGAUCCAUGUUCCAAGUUGAUCAUGAAGAAAACAAGACGUAGCUUUUAAAGUAUUCAGAGAAGUUAUGCCUAUUAAUAAUUUACGAUUUAAUUGACAUAAACCAAUCGCAUGCUUAUUAAUAAACUGACUCAACGUGGAAAACAACAGUUUUGUAACAGACAGAUAUACACUUACAGACUGCAACUUGUUCCAUAAAUAAAAGGUAAAUAUACAGAAAAGUUCGAAAUAAUUUAGAUUUGUUAUUGAGCAUGCGAAAAUGUUCAAAUAUUUUUACAUUUGAUAAAAGUUGUUUACUUAGCCAUAGGAGGCAAUUUUUUGUUAUAACUUUACCACAAAUGACGCGCAAAAUAUAUUAUUUAAUAGUACUAAAAGUACCUACUUAUGUUUUUUACAAAUAUUUUUAAGUAAUCACUUAAGUGACACAUGCAGUUUUCUACCUUAUAUUGUUAUGCAUUUAUAAUAAACAUUUUGUACAAGUAUACUCGUAUAAGAUUUAGUUAAGAUUGUAACGUCCAAUAUUUAAACUAUUUGACUUAAUAGUGUCAGCGGCCUUUGAUAAAAAUAAUUAAUUAUAUUAUUAUACAAUACUUAAAUGAAUAAUCUCGCUUAUAACACAUUGUACUUAUGUGUAAUCUGUACUUAUAAAAAUAAUAACAUUGUGUCAAUUCCAGCCUUGAGGUUAAACGGUGCUUAUAUCAAGGUGCCUUCAGAAAAGACAAGACAAUAAAUAAUUCAUGUAUAGUUGACACUGGAAAGUCAAAAGCCGAAACUACGCUUAACUACACUUUAUAAAAAAAAAAAUCUUCAAUAUACUACUUAAUUCUGGCGUCGACUGUACUCCUUCUGUAGAUUUUUCUACAUUCUAAUGCCAUAUUUUUAUAAGCUGUUCAAUACAAACGUUUUUAUAUUUGAACUUAAACAUAAGGCAGAUAUGUAAGGGUAAUUUUAGUACCCUAUUCUAGUUAUAAACUAAGUCCUUUAUUAUUAUGAAUAAUUAAUAUAUUCUAUGAUAUUACAUUUACAAAAUAUAAAUAUGUUAACACUAAAAUUAAGGCCUAUAUAAAGUUAUGUCUUGUCAUGUAGAACAUAAUAUUAAGUUCAAUAAGUACAUUAUAACUGCACAAAAAUAUAAUAAAAGGUAAUGUUCUAAUUCCGAUUAUCUAAAUGCUAAAUAGAAAUAUAUUUGGCAAUAUUAGAGGAAACGGUUAUCUUGCUCCAUGACCUCUAAACUUCAUAAUUAUUUUAUAACACAUUUAAGUUCGCUACGAUAUGUUGUUUAUCUGUAGGUAUAAAUCCCUACAUCCUCUAUUCGUUAUUUUUUAUAUCAAAAACUCGAUUAGUUUGUUUUUUGUUACUGUUUUAUUUUAUUUUGUGUCAAUUUACUCCUAGCUGACUUUCAAUUGUUUUUCACACAUUAUUUUUAAAGUUAUUAUAAGAAUAAAAUUACGUUUACGUAAAAAAGAGAGAACUUAUAAAGGGGGUCAAAAGGUCAGAUCUUAUUGUGGAUUAUCUAGUGGCUUAUUCUUAUUCAGAAAUUGUAUACCCUGCCUUAAAGGUGCUAAGAGUUCUUAUGCUUUUUUCUUCACUAAUUUUGGGUCUGUAACUUAAGUUAAUGGUGCUUGCAUAAAAAUAAGAAUACAAUUCAUCUAGUCUUUAAUUACAGAAAGUCAAGUCAAUUCUGCAUAAUUUAGUAAUUCAUGAUAAGGUAAAUUGUAAUUGAUUAUUAUAAACCUCUAAAUUAGCACCGAUUGUGUCCAUGUAACAAAUUAAUCGUUAUAGGUACUUUAGUUACACGUUUAUUCUUUGCUCUUGUUACAGUGAUAUAACAUCACAAUUUUGCUAGAUUUAUAUUAAAUACCAAUCAUACAUAACUAUGCGAGAUUUGAAGUAAAACUAUAGGUACUAUGACUGUAAGAAAAUAAUUACAAUCGUACGAUAUUUUUACUGCAGAAGUACCUAUGUUUACGUAUAAAGGUAUCGAUGCAUUGAUGGGCUUUUGUAUAAAAUCUGAUAGUAAAACCGAUAGCACAAAUUAAUUCUAUGUUACCAAUACGUAUUAAGAGACAUGUGGCCUUAACAUGAUGUGUCAAAUUACUUAAAAAGAUAUUUAAUUUACUUUUAUGUUGUACUGGCCUACGCCGGCAUCCCGUGGAAUGUCUUUUGCCAUGUCCCGUGGUGCGUAGGCCAAUACACUGAAAUAUGUGGUGCAAAAGAAAAACGCUGUGGUACAAAUACGCAAUGCAAAUAUGUUAUACUGCUAAGAUUUUGAUUUAUUUUUUAUAUAAUUAUCUUCUAAUUUUUGUACACAUAAUAAUGACAUGUUUAUUACGGAUAAUAUAAAAUAUAAGAAAUGUUACCGUGA